AUGGAUGUAAUGCAUACUGGCAAAGCCAUUAGCAAAGAAGAACUCAUAAUAAUGCAUCGCAAAAAAACAGGUGCUUUAAUCGAGGCUUCAGUUCAAUUAGGGCUACUGUGCGCUACUGAUAUCGCAGAUGAUGCAAUUUUUGCCAUAACUAACUUUGCCGCAAAAAUUGGCCUCGCUUUUCAAGUCACAGAUGAUCUCCUUGAUUAUCAAGCAAAUAGCGACAUUUUAGGCAAAACAGCAGGCAAAGAUGCCAUCCAACAAAAAGCUACUUUCGUCAACCUCCUGGGUGUUGAUCAAACCAAAAUCUAUGUCAAAGAACUUAUGACACAGGCAAUUGACCUGCUGAAACCCUUCUUACCUAAAAGCCAAUAUUUAAUCGAUCUUGCCCAUUUUGUGUUACAACGCAAUUAUUAG